CCUCCCAUCCCAUGAGAAAAAGAAGCACCUUUUGUGAGAGCCUCAUCUGCCUCCUCGCGUCUCUCUCCAUCCAGCCGCCGCCGGCGAGAGAGACCACCGAAUUCAGACUCACCAUCACAGAUCCAACGCAUUCACCAUCCUAUCAACCACCGAAUCCAAGCCGGGACCAUGGAGUCGCCGCCGCCCAAGCGCAACUUCGGCGACGGCGGCGAGGACGGAAUCAGCGCGCUCCCCGACCACCUCCUCCUCGACAUCCUCGAGCGCCUCGACCUGCGCGAGGCGGUCCGCGCCGGCGCGCUCUCCACGCGGUGGCGGCACCUCCCCGGCCACCUCUCGCGCGUGCACCUCGACGUCGCUCACUUCCGCGGCGCCACGCCGCUCGAGGUCAUGGACGCGUUCACGGGCGCGGCGCGGGCCUUGCUGACUCGGGUGCCUCCCGCCGAGGGUGGUCCCCUCAAGGUGCUCGUCCUGAGCUUCUACACGUCUUCCCCUCACCUGAGCUCCAUAGGCCGCCUCAUCGAGGACAUUGUGAGCUUGGGCCACACCCAAUGCCUUGAGUUUUGCAUAUCCCCGCCGGGCACUAACCCGCUGGGCAGCAACAUUGAGAUUGGGCAGGAGUUCAUGGCCUUCUCCCGCGCCUACCCAGUUGCCUUCUCGUGGCUCACGACGCUUACGCUCGAAUAUCAUGCUUUUGGAAAUUCCGACAUCACUGACCUCAUUAGCACUUGCGGUAGGCUCAGGCACCUCAGCUUGAGAUUCUGCAGACUGCUUGAUCUGCACUCCACGCUCAGGAUCGAUGUGCCGUGCUCUGAGCUCCAGGAGCUUGAGUUCAUCGGCCUUUUGUGCACACGGAUCGAGCUCGUCUCUGUCCCCAAGCUUAGACAAGUGGAGUGCAAAUGUUGGCUCUUCAAUAACCCUCCAGUGCGCUUUGGCUACGUUCCUGAGCUUCGCGGUUUAGUACUCGCUUCUAAAGCCAAGGCAUGGCAAGAGCCAUUCGCGCUCAGCGAAUGCCUGUCAACGAGUGCUGGUGCCAGGAACCUGUCAACACUGACUCUCUGUUUUGGGUACCAAAUGGUAAACUUAAAUAUAAAUCUUCUGCAUCUUCAUACCAUGUGUUCUUCUCUACCAGUUUCAGUUGUGCAUGUGAUGUUCUUGCUGCAGAUUUGGGUUCAGCCAGAACCUCCGAAGCAGCGCAUUGCUAUAUUCAGAAACCUGACCUCUGUGCGUCUUUUCGGUAUCUUCUGUGAGUGUGAUCUGAGCUGGACUCUGUUUAUCCUUGAAGCUGCACCUGCCCUACAUGAUUUGGCAUUGUCUCGACAUUCAUGUGUCAAGACGCCCGAGAACAGUGCCGAGAAGACCAACGUGGUGUGGGAGCCAUCCAAGGAUUUGAAGCACCUGAACUUGAAGGUGCUGCAGAUCUUCGGGUGCGAGGAUGAAGACAAGGUGACAAACUAUAUAAGGCUUGUCAUGGAACGAGCUGUGGGGCUUUUGAUAAUUCGGUUGUAUGGUGAAAACCCAUGCACAUACUGCGAUGCCAGCAACCUUGAAAGAUCCAAGGCACAAAAGGCUGGCAGGCAUCGGAUUAAGGAGCAACUCACACAUGGAUCAUCCUCAUCUGUGGAGAUAAUUAUCUGUUGACGGAUAUGGUCAGGGAAUGCUAGUAGUCUCGUAAUGCUCUCAGGCUUGCAGCAGCUUGAGCAAUGACUGUAAGAGGCGCAGCCAGUUGUAAUUCUAAUUUUAGUUAUUGGUAACCUGAGGAUACUUGCUCGGUGUGGACCUCGCAAUUCUAAUUUCUGGUUAUUGGUGGCCUGGGAACACUUGAUCGCACUGUGGCUAACUUAAAAUGUGUGUACUUGAAUC